AUGCGAACGGGAAUCGUCUUCGGUUUGGUCGCGACGGCGCUCGCGUCCCCUGUCUUCGCGGCAGGCACGAACGAUCACAUGGUUCGAUACAUCAAGCGCGCUAUCACGCCCACCGCGAAAGAUAUCGAGAUUCUCAACUUUGGUGAGUCACCUCCUUCUCACUAUGACGUAAGCAGGACGGUAUGGUCGUACAAGCUUGUUUGGAUUUGUCAAUCGGCGGCUGGAUGGUGUCGAUCCGGCAUCCGACUUGAGCUUGUCGUGACCAGCUUCAAGGGUCCAUUAUAGAUCUAACCGAUGAUCGCCCUCGAUAGAUGCAUCUGAAUUAACUCCUGCUCUUGUUCGCUCCUUGAAUAGGUCUCACCUUCCAGGCAGGUGUUUACCCAGCGCUUAGCUCCCAGUUCUAAAGCCGAUCAUGCUUUCCGUUGACUGAUGCUCCUUCGGUCAUACUUCAACCUACUCGCUUCUUUCGGGUCAAAUCCCUUCUCAGCACUUCGAAAAAGCCUUCUAGUAUGUUGAGUCGUGCCUCUCGAGGUUUUAAUUCAACAGAAGGUGGCCUUCGAGAGGUCUUGUACUGACUCGGGGCGUCAUCCGACCACCCGCCUCUCCAAUCAUGUUCACAGCUUUGAGGGUCUCAAAAGGUUCAGCGCCGAAGACUUUGCCAAAGCCGGCCUCGACCACCGUGAUCGUCAACGAUUCGAACAAAUAGCAAAAGAAGAAAAGGUCCACUCUCGCGCCUUCGAAGGUGUACUCGGCGAUAAUGCAGUCUCGCCUUGCAAAUACACUUUCUCCUCCUCGAUCAGGAUGUCCACUGCAGCUUGGUUCGCUCGUAGUGCAGAGUUCAUCGAGGGGAUCGGCGUCGGCGCGUACCAGACUGCCAUUCGGGAGCUUUCCAACGAGCGUUUGACCUAUGCCUAUAGUGCUAUUAUGGCUGUCGAGGCUCGCCAUGCGGCCUAUCACGCCGAGCUGCAGGGUCAGAGUGGCUUCCCCGUGCCCUUUGAGACCGCGCUGACAUAUUCCCAGGCCUAUACGUGAGUCUGCUUAUAGACAUUCAAAGGUUAAAUUGUGCUCAUUCGAUAUGGUUUUACACCCUCUCUCUUGACGGCACAGCGCUAUGGCCGACUUCAUCGUCCCCGGUUCGUGCGGUCCCAAGAAACCCCUCCCACCUCUCCAGAUCUUCCCUGCCUUAUACACCAGCCCAGACUCGCAAACCAAAUACAGCAUGGGUCUGAACUUCACCGAACCCGCUUUCCCCGCCAAGAAGUACUACGCCGCUUUCCUCAACGCGGGGACGACGAUUUACGAACCGAUGAAGAAGGUGACGACCUACGAACCGAUGAAGGGAGGCCCGCCAUCGGUUUAUUAUCGUGUCAACCUGCCGAAGAAGUUGAAAGGGGUUGUUUACAUCAUGGUCACGACUUCGUCGAAUAAUCUCGAAGAUUCGAAUACCGUUGCGGGUCCUCUUGUCGCUGUCGAGACGGAUUGA